UUUCCAAAUCACUAAUUAACUUGAGAGUGCUCAAUAGCCUCUACCUCUAUCAAAUUCAAACCAACAUGGCUUCCAAGUCCACGCUAUGCAAUAUUCCCCUCACAUUUCUCAUUCUCCUACCCUUCUUUGCCUCUAUAGCUUUCUCAGACACCCCUCCCACCACCCCUGUUUCUCCAGGAACCGCAUGCAAGUCCACCCCAGACCCUUCGUACUGCAAGUCCGUUCUCCCUACCCAAAACGGCAACGUUUAUGACUAUGGCCGCUUCUCAGUCAAAAAAUCACUUUCACAGGCUCGCAAGUUCCUGAACCUAGUCGACAAAUAUCUCCAUCGUGGCUCCACCCUCUCGGCCACCGCGGUUCGGGCACUCCAAGACUGUCGUACGCUCGGCGAGCUCAACUUGGAUUUCCUCUCAAGCUCUUUCCAAACCGUGAACAAGACAGCCAGGUUUCUUCCUAGUUUGCAAGCUGAUGACAUCCAAACACUCCUCAGCGCCAUCCUCACCAACCAACAAACAUGCUUAGAUGGCCUCAAAGACACAGCUUCCGCUUGGAGCGUCAGAAACGGACUCUCCAUCCCUCUUUCUAACGACACCAAGCUCUACAGUGUCUCACUCGCACUGUUCACCAAGGGUUGGGUUCCCAGCCGCAAAAACAAAGUCAGUAGCCCGUUGCAUCAAACCAGGAAGCAGCUUGGAUUCAAAAACGGGCGUUUGCCACUGAAGAUGUCAAGCAGAACACGUGCAAUCUACGAGUCCGUGAGUCGGAGAAAGCUCCUUCAGACCUCGGUGGGAGAUGAUGUUGUGGUGAGGGACAUCGUAACAGUUAGUCAAGAUGGAAGCGGGAACUUCACCACCAUCAACGACGCCAUUGCCGCUGCUCCGAACAAAUCUGUUUCCACCGACGGGUACUUCCUGAUUUAUGUCACCGCCGGUGUUUAUGAAGAGUACGUGUCUAUAGAUAAGAAGAAGACAUACUUGAUGAUGGUCGGAGAUGGUAUCAACCAGACAAUCAUCACCGGCAAUCAUAGCGUCAUUGAUGGGUGGACAACCUUCAGCUCCGCCACCUUCGUUGUGGUUGGGCAAGGUUUCGUGGGUGUGAACAUAACCAUUCGUAACACCGCCGGAGCUGUGAAGCACCAAGCGGUGGCAGUAAGAAAUGGAGCGGACUUGUCAGCGUUUUACAGUUGCAGCUUCGAGGGGUACCAAGACACGUUGUACACACAUUCCAUGAGACAAUUCUACAGGGAAUGCGACAUCUACGGCACGGUGGAUUUCAUAUUUGGAAAUGCCAAGGUUGUGUUCCAAAACUGCAACAUGUAUCCUCGUCUCCCGAUGAAGGGGCAAUUCAACGCCAUAACUGCACAAGGCCGAACAGACCCAAACCAAGACACAGGAACUUCCAUCCACAACUGCACCAUCAGAGCCGCCGAUGAUUUGGCCUCCAGCAAUGGCGCAACAGCAACAUACCUAGGAAGGCCGUGGAAGGAGUAUUCAAGAACGGUUUAUAUGCAAACAUCGAUGGACAACGUGAUCGACAGUGCAGGGUGGCGUGCGUGGGAUGGAGAAUUUGCAUUGAGCACAUUGUAUUAUGCAGAGUUCAACAACAGUGGGCCAGGGUCCAACACAAAUGGUAGAGUGACGUGGCAAGGUUACCAUGUGAUUAACGCCACGGAUGCAGCUAACUUCACCGUGUCUAACUUCUUGCUUGGUGAUGAUUGGUUGCCCCAGACAGGAGUGUCUUACACCAAUACCUUGAUAUAAUUGAACACACACCCACAUUGACAUAUUCACUUUGUUCUUUUCUUUUUGAUAUUAAUUUGUUUUCUCUCAUCAACCCCUUGUAAAAUAAGCUGGCGAUGAUCGCUGGUGUAUUACUAAUCUAUUAUUAUUAGGUGCCGACAAGUGUUGAGGCACAAUAUUGUUUCAUUUAAUUAAUGUGAUUUAGUUAGGAGUAUAAUUAAUUAAAGCAAGAAUCAUACAAUGAUCACUUAAAUACUA